CCAAUAUGGCAAGGCUGCGAUGAUUUACUUUCUACUUUGUUAAGUAAAUCCGUUGGGUAUCUUUGUUGGCCUUCAGACAUCAAUUCUGACGGCUAAAGAACCAAACGGGACAGGCAAAAGGAAAAAAAAAAAAGGAACACCCAGUUGUGUCCAACCACCACCACCUUACCUGAUAGCUGUAAAUGUUUGUAGGUUUGACAGCCUCACCUUGUCAUUCUAGUCAGAUAGCUCAAUCUUUGUCUCGUCUGACCAUCAAACUUUUCUUUAGGAGGUUGUCGACGACUUUGUGUGGUCAGCUACAAAUUUCAGUCGAGCUUUUGGACAGUAACCGAUGUCCUCUCAUCUGACGAUAACAGUUUGGGUCUUCCAGUCCUGUAUAAAGUGGUGAUACAUCUGAAUAACUUGUAUUUAUGCACAAUUGUUUGACAGUUGUACAUAACUACAUAUCUUAACAAUGUUUUACAUGUUGGAAUAUGCAGUUGUUUAGAAAGAGGCGCUUCCAUCUUGUGCAGUUUUUCGUCUUAGCUCUUCACAGAGUUCCUUGGACUUUCCCGUUGUUGAGUAUUGAUCAAUCUAGUGAGUACAGCACUCACUAAACUUUUUAUACUGAUGAUUUUUUUUAUGACUGAUAAGUCAGUCACAAUCACUGAUGAGAAAUUAAUUUGCCUUGGCAAGGACAGUUGUCUGGACUGAAGAAAUUAAUCUAAAUUUGUGCACCUAAUUCUUGUUUUUUUAAAGUCAGGGAAAAAAAUGUUCAAAGGAAUCAUGAUAUUCAUGCCCAUUUGGAGUUUAUGUAAACAAAAAUAUAGUAACUGAAGCUUUAGUAUUUUUGGAGUUGAAGUAUGAGCGCUAGUUCAAGUUAAAUGUAGGUCUUAUCUCAAAUUGCAGCUGUUCACUGCCAAUGACAAAGUGAGAAAUUUAUGCGAGCAGCAAGAGGGAGACCAUCUCGCUUUGCCAAGCACAUUCAAGAUAGGCAGGUAUACUGUCACCUGUUACCACAGCAACCAGCAGGUAUUGGUGUCAACACAGAAAGCUGCUACCACAGCUGCAGAACAGGUAAGUAUGGCUUUAAGGUAACUGACAAAGUACUGUUAUAUGCUAAAGCUAAUUGUGUGGAUUGGUUUCUGCUAUUUAUAGUGUAAGCAGUUUUGGAAGGGUAUAAUGCACUUGGCUUUGUAAUGGUAGUUACAGACAAAAAAAUUAUACAAAAGUAGUAAAACUUUCUCAUUUUGCCUAGACAACAAAUCAGGCUUGUUACACUACUUGGAAAAAGUCUUGAGUCAUCCCUAAUGCGUUAUGUUUUGCUUCCAAGCAGUCAGACUUUUGGUUGUUUUUCAAAAGUGAUUUCGAGCAACAGCUGAUGAAAAGAUUUUCAUUGGGAGCGACAAUCCCUACAGUGGAGAUGGAAGAAGAAGAAUUGUUCCCCAGGCUUUCUGAAGGUCUUUAAAAGUGGAUCAUGGAUCAUUCAAGCAGAAAAAAAGGCACCAAACUGAAGGGUUGAAUGUGUGUUGUGGCUAAACAUAUCAGACAACUUAACAAAAAAACAAUUUUAAAUAUUAUCUUUAGACACUUAUUAUAAAAGCCGGUAAUUUGUUCCCAUUUCUUUAGUUGGUUCUAUGAAAAAAAAAGCCAAAGAGAACAUAGUUUGACAGGCAUAAAAUAACAUUUUUGCACCGACAAGGUGAUUCCCAAUGAACUAUUGGCCAAAAACUUGGCAUAUCUCAGCAUAGUGUGUAAUGUGUUCUUAAAAACCUUUAGGAAACUGGACAAUGGGCGGACAAAAGAAUUGCCAGGCCUAAAAUACUAUCUGCAGUAGAUAAACAGUAUCUGAAAGACAUGUCUUUAAGAAAUAGGGAAAAAUCCAGCAGUUGCCUGAAAAAGGACCAUAUGGAUCUGACUCAUGACCGAUCAGAAACGGUCUUCGUGGAAAGAAUGUCAAGUAGUUAUUUUUUUUUAGGAAGUGAAACGAGGAGAAAAGAAUCAGAGUUUGGAAUUUUUAAGCUGACAACAACAACUGUAUGUACAGUAAAGGUCAUCAGAGAGUUGCAACAGUGAGUGCCAGCAGUAAAACAUCUGUAGAACAUAGCUCUGUCAUCGUUUGGGGCUACAUUUCAGCCAGCGUUGAUGGAGAUCUUAACAAAACGGACUCAGUUAUGAACACAGAAAAGUAUUGUCAGGCUUUGAUCCAUCAUGCAUUACAUGGAAAGCAUCUGAUUGGCAACAGCUUGAUUUUUCAAGAUGAUAAUGAUCCCUGUCAAUGAAGUAAAAGCCUACCUGGAUAGAAAAACACAAUGUUUUGGCUUCUUGAGCCAAAACCUCAACAUUACUGAAGCGUUGCAGGAACAUGUUGAUAGAAAAUAGAGCAAAAGUUAGCCAACAUCUAAAGAAGAGCUUUGAAUACCCUUCAAGAACACUGGAGAACUAUACCAAAGUCCUUAACAAUCAUCCAGACAUUGUAUAGUCAUCUUUAGGCAACUAAAAGUUAUGAAUCCCAAGCAGCUCAGGUUCAACAGACUACCAUUAUGAGAAUGAUCGACCAGAACUACUGACAAAUGUACUGUCUCAGAUAUAAAGGUAUGUGGUUGUGAUUGAGAAACUCUCUUUUGUUACAGCUGAAUCAUUUUAGCAGCAAAGUGUUCUCCCAAUUGCAAAAAGUGUUUCCAUGGCGACUCGGAUGCAGCAGUUGGCUCAACCCAAACCGAACCGACUAAGAUAUCCAGACCGUCGGUCUGUUUACUGGCUGGAUAAGCUUCCACCAGAAAGGAGCAGAUUAACCACUAAAAUUGAGUUAACCCCCCGCUGGUCAGACUUGUGCAUAAGUAAAAAGUUCUACAAUCAAGUAAGCAGAGGCAUACAGACAGCUGUUGCCACUUCACGGAUCUGCCAGCUCGCCCAGCCAAAGCGAAGGCAGGUUCUGGAGAAAUCCAGGCACAAAUCUAAAUAUGCACAAGUAAUCCACCUGCCCUCUAAAGCAUCGGCACACAUAGAGCUACUCGCCACUCCGAAGAAUGACCAUCCCGAGUUCAAAGGAGACCGCCCAAUGUGCUGGCCCGUUUCAAAAGCUGCAAAAAGCUCCAUAACCAGCCAAAGACUGCUUGAUCUGUCCAGUCCUAAAGAGAGGAAGGCUCUGUAUGAGGGAUAUGACCCAUACAUGAUCAGCCGGGCAGCCCGAUCAGCCAGCCCCUCUCCCAGAAUACAACAGCUCUGUUUGCCUCUGUCUCGCAAAUGCAGCUCAGAGUAAGAGCAGUGACGGCAAACACCGGUCCCCAGAGAGUUGUUGAUUGUUCCAUUUUCCUUGCCGAAGACUGUAAUCGUGAUGAAGUGUUUUCCUUGUGAAAUAAUGACUAAGCUUUGUUAUUUGCUCUGCUGCGUGAAUAGCUAUGCCCAUAGGUAAAAGACUACUGCAACAUCUUAGUGUUUAAGCCCUUGGAUAUUUGCCACUGUGGACUUACUGUAUUAACUGAAGAUUUCCUGUUUUUACCAGUCUAAUUUUUGCCAGGAUAAAGCUGCUGUUAAGUUAAAUUAUGAAAUUUCUUACAAUAUAAUUAUUCUCCUUAUUCUCCUUAAACACAUGCUUAUGUGUGAAAUUGCUUUUUAAACAUUAUUGUUGUGCAUCUUUUGUAAUGAUGAACGACGUGCUUAAUUGCAGGUUGAUUAGACCAACUGGGGGGGAUAUUCUUACCCACAGAUGAAGUUACUUUGUGACAUUAUGCAGCACAUAUCCUGUAGCACAUCCUUCACGUCUUAAUGUUUUUUAUAGUUAUUGUUAACACAAGGCCCAUGAGUCAGUUUUACACACUGCAGACUUAUUGCAAGGCUAAGAAAGGUAAUAGCUGAAAAGAAACGAUUGUUAUUAUUAUAGUGCAGAUGCGGGUAAUGGUUUUAGAGUCGUUUCUGUGUAAAUUGUCCACAACAUAGAAUGGGGGAAAAGUGAAACCUAGUUUCUUUUCUUUCUUUCUUUUUUUUUGAAUGAGUUAUUUUUGACGUGUAAAUUUCAUGUAGGCUGUAUAAAAGUAAAAAUAUUCCCACCUUUGUAGAACCUCGAAAGAAAGCUUUCCGUGACCAUUUGGGGGACCUCGAUCCUCAGUUAGGCAACAGCACGCCACACAUUGGGCACGGAGUGGGGCGGUACUGGUGUGUUUACUUCGAGGUGACAGGCGGCAGAUUUUGCGCAAUUGCUGUGGAUGAACUCUACGAGACGGGUAUCGUUCGGGCAUAAUCCGGUAAGAGGAGUUCGGGUUUUGACAUUUUGCAGCCGCUCGUUUCGUUUCAUAAAUUGCAACUUUGGUUGAAACUCAGAUAGUGCGUGUUUGUUCUGCUGUUUAACGUAAAACGCAGUGAUUAACGCUUCAGUAAGCAAACAAAAAGACAACCUGUCAAGCUGCUCACUAAACUGUUAGUGGUUUGUUGGCGAGAAAAUCUGCUACCACAAUUCUUUAUGAGUGAUUAUAAGUGAUUGUUGCUUUAUUCCUUGAAUCAUUGGUGCUUUCGCGCAUCGUUAUUAGUGAGUUGGUUGAGAAGUUGACUUUUUCAGUUAAAUCGCCCAUUAUUUGCAAAUUUCGAGUUCGCUUCGUUGUGAUGUUUUACAACAAAAAGCAUCGUAACUAUUUCGCUAUAACGCAUUUUAAAUUAAAUUAAUGUGGAAAGUGCUCAAGAAUGACCAGAAAGCCAAAGUACUCCAGCUGUUAGUAUCCUGUUGUGAACCUGCUGAGUUACAAUAGAAAACGAUUGCGAGAGCACAUCAAAUAAAAAUUGGAGUAACAGUGAUCCAAUAAAAAAAAAAUUAUUGGGGCCA